AUGGCGGCGACGGUGCCGCCAGCAAACGAUGAACCGGGCAAACUCAACCCGCCCGUCGACCCGGCCGACAGCGACCUAGAUGCCGAGGGCGAAGAAGAAACCGACUUGUAUGAAAUGGAUCAACAGCUUCAAGAUGCCGUUCAUCGAGCGUACACUAGAGAAGAUGAUGAGGAUGGGCCGGAGGAAGCUGCAGAUGGAAACAACUCAAGCGUCAAUUUGAACGGAGAAGACGAUGAUGACAAUGACGAGGCCGAACCUGUCGGAGCUGUCAAGCUACCUGACGAUGAUGCGGGCUCUGAAGAAGACUAUGCGGAGUCUGAGACAGCGGACGCGGAUGCCGACCCCGGGUUUGAGGCAAAUGACCGUGACGCAUCAGAACCCGAAUCAAGUGACCACGAUUCAGAAGCUGAGGAUUGGGAAGCUGAGAGCAAUGGUGGAGAGGAUGUCGAAACUGAUAUCCGUAGUGGCUCAAAUUGCUUGGUUUGCAGCCAAGACGAAGAACACGACCCAAGUGAAGAUUUUGAGGAAUGGCUCACUUGUGUUGUGUGUGGUGAUCACUCCCAUCGGCAAUGCGCUCGCGAACAAGAGGCAUAUGAUGAAACGGAAGAGCCCGACACGAUAACAAAUUCAGCGACAGAAACCGGACUUGGAGCCUCAGCCCUCCCCAAAGAGCUUCUUCCUGCGCACGCUGGCACACACGACGAGGGAUUUCAUUCUAUCUUCAACACAAGCGUUGACGACGAGAUGCUCAAUAGCUCGCGAUCGCUACGCAAGCGAAAGGCCUCGUCAAUCGAGGCCGAAGAACACACACCCGUUCUUCGCAAACGACUUCGACAAACAUCUUUCCGUUCCGAUCGCCCACUGUCGAACGAUGCGGCUCUGGACGGUGGUGAUGCCACUGCUGAUGGUGAUGUCCACUCUCCUGCUCGGACACGCUCCGUCCGCGUGCGACGCACUCGCGCGGUGGAUCGAGAGCACUGCCGCGUCGUAGCUAGGCAGUUUGGGAAAUUGAUCAUUGGGUUCCGACUGGACGAGACCAAAAUAUCUAAAAUUACAGGUUCUCAAAUCCGACCACAACGCAAGAAGAAGAAAGCACCAAAGCCGCCACCUGUAGCCCCUGAACCCCAGGCACAUUUUGUUCCCCUCCCCCCCAUAUCCUACAACUCCAUGACAUUCUUCGACCGUGAGACCGACGACGCCAAAUCAAAACCAUAUGGAGGCAUUUUGUCCGAAGUCGAACAAGAUACAUCCAGGACGCUUCCCACACAAUUCGAUCGCGACCGAUUCGAACAGGCACGCCUGAAAGCUGAAGAUGAAUGGCAACAGAAAGUGAAGGAAGCAGAACUCAAUGGCGAAGCCACUGCGCAUGCAUCACAAAAGGUUUCUGGUCCUCCUUCAAAGAUCAAAUCUAUCAACUUCGGUGGCUACGAGAUCGAAACCUGGUAUGCAGCGCCUUACCCGGAGGAAUACAGCCGCAACCGUGUUCUGUAUAUUUGCGAGUUCUGUCUCAAGUACAUGAACUCGGACUUUGUCGCCUGGCGCCAUAAACUAAAGUGUCCUGCGAAGCACCCCCCCGGUGACGAGAUCUAUCGAGAUCGAUCAAUCUCAAUCUUCGAAGUUGACGGGCGCAAGAAUCCAGUGUACUGUCAAAAUCUUUGCCUUCUCGCAAAACUCUUCCUAGGCUCCAAGACUCUCUACUACGACGUUGAGCCAUUCUUAUUCUAUGUGAUGACUGAGUUUGACGAUCUGGGCUGCCAUUUUGUUGGCUACUUCAGUAAAGAAAAACGUCCAAGCUCAGCGAACAACGUUUCCUGCAUUCUUACUCUACCCAUCCAUCAACGCAAAGGCUACGGAAACCUCCUCAUCGACUUUUCAUAUCUCCUUACCCGCAUCGAAGGCAAAAAUGGAUCGCCCGAGAAGCCGCUCUCUGAUAUGGGUCUGGUGUCGUACAGGAACUACUGGCGAUUGAUUUUAUCAUACCAACUUCGUGAUUUGAAGACACCUGUGAGCAUUGCAGAUCUAUCUGAUCGCACCGGAAUGACGGCAGAUGACAUUGUAUCUGCUCUGGAAGGACUUCGAGCUCUCGUGCGGGAUCCUAUUACCAAGACGUACGCCAUCCGCCUCGAUCAUAAAUAUUACAACGAGGUUAUUAGUGGCUGGGAAAGCAAGGGCUACGUUCAGCUCAAUCCAGAUGCGCUGCUUUGGACACCUUACAUAAUGGGUCGUAGUAACCAAUCUCAUUUCGAUCGUGCUCCCAUGCAUGCCGUUGCCCCCCGAGAGGACCCGGAUGAAGACGAAGAUGAGACCGAGACAAGAGCGACCGACUAUGAGGGCGCUAUCAGAAUGGUGAAUGGGUCGGAUCGAGACACUCUCGCAGCCUCCGCGGGACCGCCUUCCACGUUGACCCUGAGGCCUAAUGGCUCCCAUCAUUCUACAGUGGGCAAGUCUGAACCACCUGCAAUCCCCAACCCUGCCGCUGGAAUCCCACCCUCCCGGUUUGAACUUUGGCCUCCUGUGCCUCCCGCAGCACCCCCAAAACGCAAACCUGGUCGUCCAUCCGGUAGCACAAAACUCAAUACCAUGUCAACGACACCCAUGGCUCCCCGUAAUAAUGGUCGUAACACACCUCGACGACCCUCCGGGCUGGCAAUGGUCACCCCUGGAGGCAGUAUUCGUCGCGGUAGAAGCUCUAUCCUCACGAACUCGCCCGCAACGGAACCAACACCUAGCCAGGCCAACGGUUCCAAACUGGAGCAGAGCAAAGUUGUUGGCGAAGAAACUGCUGUUGAUGAGGAUGUCGAGAACAUGGCUCCUGCACCCAGGGAAGCUGCAGAAGUGAGCGAAAAGGAUUCAGAGCGUGUCAAUGGAUACGUUGCUGCCAAAGAACCUGUCAAGACCAAUGGAAUUGAUGCCGCCGAGCCCGAGUCGUCCGAGGCCAAGCAAACGGAAGCACCCAGGACUCCCGAGAAAAAGACCAACUCCAUCUCGCGAUCACCUGGAACAACAGUCCCCCGUCGAUUCAACGACAACCCCAAGACACCGCGAUCAGUCAACCGGAAGACUUUGGUCGAGAAAGUUCACGUUGUGAUUCCCGCUGAGCCAGGAUCUGCUUCCAAGUCAAUGGGCAAAGCUGAGGACCCAAAGGCCGUGGUCAAUACCAAUGGCACCGAUGCAGACUCAGAUGCAGACGCAGACGCGGAUGCAGAGGUUGACGCCGAGUACGAAGUGGAUGGGGAUGUUGUGAUGCAGACAUGA